ACAUUGGGUAUUUGAAGAACAGGAAACAAACCUUUCAACAGCGUAAAGAAACGUGAAAAUUGUGAACGCUGCCGAAACAUCAGAAUACGUAUACAUCGGCAGAUAACAUAGAUAGAAACAGCAACGAAAAGUAGUUUUCAAGUGAAGUAAUAGUGCUGCCGAGAAACAAUUUGUUUGGCUAGCCUGGGUGCGAGGCAAGGGUUGUGUUUGAAUCUCCGACUCGAGGGAGGCGCCCUCCUUUUAGCUUGUGCAUGUUGAACAUUUUAUCUUUUUAACUUUUACACCUUUUGGGGAAUCUGCUUGAAGAUGGGGUGUACUCUGAGCACGGGUGAUAAGGCGGCGCAGGAGCGCAGUAAAAUAAUCGACAGGAAUUUACGGGACGAUGGGGAAAAAGCAGCACGGGAAGUCAAGCUGCUUCUGCUCGGUGCUGGGGAGUCAGGGAAGAGUACCAUUGUCAAACAGAUGAAGAUCAUCCAUGAGGCGGGCUAUUCAGAGGAGGAGUGUAAGCAGUACAAGGCAGUGGUGUACAGCAACACCAUCCAGUCCAUCAUCGCCAUCAUCAGAGCCAUGGGGCGCCUCAAGAUAGACUUCGCUGAAGCAGCCAGAGCGGAUGAUGCUCGUCAGCUGUUUGUGCUGGCGGGAUCGGCAGAGGAGGGCUUCAUGACCGGUGAGCUGGCCGGAGUCAUCCAGCGCCUCUGGAAGGACGGGGGUGUCCAGGCCUGCUUUGGCCGCUCACGAGAGUACCAGCUCAACGACUCCGCCGCCUAUUAUCUGAAUGACCUGGACAGGAUAGCCCACGGAGCGUAUGUGCCCACCCAGCAAGACGUGCUGAGGACCAGGGUGAAGACCACCGGCAUCGUGGAGACUCAUUUCACCUUCAAAGACCUCCACUUCAAAAUGUUUGACGUGGGGGGUCAGAGGUCCGAGAGGAAGAAGUGGAUACACUGCUUUGAGGGAGUCACCGCCAUCAUCUUCUGUGUGGCGCUCAGUGACUACGACCUUGUGCUGGCCGAGGAUGAGGAGAUGAACCGGAUGCAUGAGAGCAUGAAGCUAUUUGACUCCAUCUGCAACAACAAGUGGUUCACAGACACCUCCAUCAUCCUCUUCCUCAACAAGAAGGAUCUGUUUGAGGAGAAGAUCCAAAAGAGUCCUCUCACUAUCUGUUACCCGGAGUACGCAGGCUCCAACACGUACGAGGAGGCAGCAGCCUACAUCCAGUGUCAGUUUGAGGACCUGAACAAGAGGAAGGACACCAAGGAGAUCUACACCCACUUCACUUGCGCCACCGACACCAAGAAUGUGCAGUUUGUCUUCGACGCAGUCACCGAUGUCAUCAUCAAGAACAACCUGAAGGACUGUGGCCUCUUCUAGGGCAGUGUGGUGGCCAGCGUGUGUUCAGUGACCAUUUUCUUUGGGAUGUCUGGCUGGAGGGGGUUGGAUCAUGGACACUUUGUAGAGAACUUCACUUUUAACCUCUUAACUUCAAACUCCGUUUUUAAAAUGCCAUGUAGAAAAAUGUUUGUGUAAAAUAUUUGUACAACUGUCACUAUGGCUGGAGAUUUUCACUGUUUUUAAGAUGUUUUUGUUUUAACCGGUCAAGUUAUUUAAAGGAUGGAGGGGGGACUUUGCAUUUGUUUCUUCUAAGGAAUGGAAUGGACAUAUUUUUCUGUUUAGGUACUUGCGCCUUUGCAUGCCUUAGUUCCAGUGUUUUGUUUUUGGGCUAGAUGGUAGAUUGUUAUAAUUGAAUGCCCCCCCCCUCCAAAAAAAAAAACAUCUAAAUAUUUUGUUUCUGUGACUGAUGGCUUCUGAGAAUUAGUGUCCAUGGAAAUAAUGAAAUAGACCAACAUGCUCUUGAUAGACCAAUUCACACUGACACUGUGAGCGCUGUAUGACUGUGUGAGUGCCUGUUUGCUUGUGUGAGUGUGUGCAGCUGUGUGACUUAGUGUGCAUGAAUGUGUGUGGACAUACAGAAUCAGUGAGAAGUUGACACCUACUCAUUCAAGGGGUUUUAUUUU